AGUUUGAAUCCCGUUGCCAUUUCCAUCGAAUCGAGAACUCUCUCUCUCUCUCUUCCGCUAUACGCUCCUCUCACUCUCUCUCAUUCCCUUUAAUUUGAAAAUUCUUGUUGCAUCUGCAUACGCGCACUCGUGACUCCUUUUCAUUUAUUAGUUUGUUGUGUGAACCCUCUCCCCCCUCACCCACCCGUAACAAUAACAUCAUUCUUUCCCUUUUUGUUUUCGGUAAAUUAAACCCUCUUUCUUAUUUUGAAUUUUCCAUUCCUUUUAUUCCUCUCUGUAAUGAGCUUCUGAUCAUUCAGUCAUUUCAGGGCUGUUGCAGAUUGCUUUUAAUAGCAUGGCAUCAAGUAAUCCAUUCUUUGACGAUAUAAGGACCAAAACUGAAGUUGAUCCCCCUCAAAAUGAGGAGGCAACAGAUGUUAGUGAAUUAGUAAAUGAUCCUGCCCUAACUGCUCUCAAACCUAAUGGGACUGUUUCAAGCAGUGUUCGUGAGCUUUUAGAGUGUCCUGUAUGCCUGAAUGCAAUGUACCCUCCAAUCCAUCAGUGUUCAAAUGGCCACACGAUAUGCUCAGGUUGCAAACCAAGGGUCCACAAUCGGUGCCCUACUUGUAGGCAUGAACUUGGCAAUAUCAGAUGUUUAGCACUAGAGAAGGUGGCUGCAUCUUUGGAACUUCCUUGUAAAUAUCAAGGUUUUGGGUGCAUUGGUAUCUAUCCAUAUUAUAGCAAGCUGAAACACGAAUCCCAGUGUGCAUAUAGACCAUAUAACUGUCCAUAUGCUGGUUCAGAAUGCUCAGCUAUGGGUGAUAUACCCUACUUGGUGGCCCAUUUGAAAGAUGAUCACAAAGUGGACAUGCACAAUGGUAGCACUUUUAACCAUCGUUAUGUAAAAUCAAAUCCACAAGAGGUUGAAAAUGCCACAUGGAUGCUCACGGUUUUCAGCUGCUUUGGUCAGUAUUUUUGUCUACACUUUGAAGCUUUUCAGCUAGGAAUGGCUCCUGUCUACAUAGCUUUUUUGCGAUUUAUGGGUGAUGAUAACGAGGCAAAGAAUUAUAGCUACAGUCUAGAAGUGGGUGGAAAUGGGAGGAAAAUGAUUUGGCAGGGUGUUCCUAGAAGCAUUAGGGACAGCCAUCGCAAGGUUCGUGACAGUUUUGACGGUCUCAUAAUUCAGAGGAAUAUGGCUCUAUUCUUCUCCGGCGGCGACAGGAAAGAAUUAAAGCUAAGGGUUACCGGUAGGAUCUGGAAAGAACAGUGACUGUUUAGAGAGAUUGUGUCCUACAGCAAUGAUAUUAGAGUGAAGUAGUUUGUAGCGCAGCGUAUUUCUUAUAGUGAUGAAUAUUCUGGUCAUGUAUUCUGUUUUGUCAUGUCAUUUUGGGGGCAAACACUCUUUGCUAAUCCUUGUAUCAAAUACAUGAACAAGAAGUAAUGGUGUAAUGUACGAUCACUAUGAUAAUUGCCAAUAGAGAUGUAGAACCUUAGCCUGCUCUGUCUAUGUUCUUUUUUCAUCUAUAGUAGUCAAUGGUUAAGAGAAGCUGAACAAACGUUCUUGUUAGGCAUAUUGAUUGCUUGAUUGGAUUCAACUGUUUCUAGUUAAAACAAUCUCUUUUUGUAAUGAUCAAUGCUUGGUUGUGUGCUCUAAAA